AUGUCUCAUACAGUUCAAUCAUCAUUAUCUUUUCCUUUACCUGUCUCAUCUAAAUUUGAAUCAUCCAGUCCAAAGCAAAAUGAAAAAGAGAUAAAUCAAACAGACGAAUUUUUAUUACCUCUUUCUCCUCUUUUUGAUGCUGCUAUUGAUGACGAUUAUCUGGCUGUUCAAUCCUUAUUAAGCAAAAAUUAUGACGUCAAUACCAAAGAUAUCGAUGGAAUCACUGCGUUACAUUUAUGUGCUUUUUUCAAUUGUGCCAAAACAUGUGAUACAUUAUGUGCACGUCGAGCAUUUGUCAAUGCUAAAGACAAUCAAUCAUUAACUCCACUAUUUUAUGCAUGUAAAACUAAUUGUCCGACUAUUGUACGAACGUUAGUUGAUCAUGGUGCUGAUUGUGAUGCUCAAAAUAAACAUUGGCAAGCUCCAUUGCACAUAUGUGCAUUGUCAUCUGAUGCUUCGUCAGCAGCUUUUAUUAUUAAUCAUGUUACAAAUGUCGAUGCGACUGAUGAAUUUGGGUUGACUGCUCUUCAUUAUGCUUGUAUGACCGGUAAUGUUGAGAUGGUUAAGUUAUUGAUUGAUGCUGGAGCUAAUGUAAACUUAUGUGACCGUAAACAAAAUUAUCCACUUCAUUGGACAUCAAUGAAAGGAUCAAUGGAAAUAUUGAAUAUUCUACUAAAUGCCCAUGUUAAUUCAAAUUGCAUAAAUGAUCAAGGUCUAACUCCUCUACAUUUUUGUAUUAUUGGUAAUCAUACUGAUUGUACUCGAAGGUUACUCAAUGCCAAUGCAAAUAUCAAUGCACGAACACAUAAUGGCAGUUUACCUAUUCAUUUUGCUGCCUAUCUUGGGAAUAUGGAAAUCUUUGAUCUACUUAAUAAUCAUUCACAAGCUCCGAAAUUAACAGAAACAGAUCAAAAAGGAAAUACUAUUCUUCAUUUCGCUGCUGCUACAAAACUCACCGAAUCCAAUAUCAUCGAACAUAUAUUAUCGAAACUAGAAGAAUCAUUAGUCAAUGUGCAAAAUUUUAAUAAUCAAUCUCCACUACAUAUAGCCAUCCUUCAUAAUCAUGAAAAUGUUGUUCAUAAAUUACUUGCUGCUGGUGCCGAUCCCAGUUUGGUUGAUAAUGACAAUAAUACAUCAUUACAUUUAUCAACGUCACUAAUGAGCAAAUAUAAUCAAUCAAAUAUUUUGCUCGCAUUAGUUUCUCAUCAGCCUAAUAUGCUAUGUCAAAAAAAUAAGCAUAGUUUAAUUCCACUUCAUAUUGCAUUAAAAAAUUUCGAUUAUCAAUCUAUUGGUUAUCUAAUGCAUGAAAAAGAAGGAGAUCUUAGUGAACAAGCACAACAAUCAUUAUUAUUACUUGAUUCAGUUGGACGUCAUUCACUUCAUUAUGCUGCUCAUUCAGGCUUGACAUCAUUUAUUGAACGAUAUUUUAAACAAAUGAAUAAAGAGGUUAUCAAUCAGCAAGAUUCAUUUGGACUUACACCAUUACAUUAUGCAUGUAUGAAAUGGCAUGGACUUGAUGCCAUCAAUAUUUUAUUGAAAUUUGGUGCUGAUGUCAACAUAAAAUGUCUUACAUAUGAAGCUAUUCCGUUACAUUACAUUCUUGUGUAUUGUAAUUCAUCAGAUGUGAUUGAACAAUUGAUACGUGCUGGCAGUGACGUAUUAAUCAGUACGAAACAUGGUGAAACAUGUCUAUCAUAUUGUAUUAUGCAAAACGAUACUUACUUACUUAAAAUACUUUUCGAUUCAGUAUCGAAACGAACGUUUGAUGUAAAAAAAUUCAUAUUUCUAUCUUGUUUACAAGGAAAAGAUAAUUCAUUAGAAUAUAUACUUGAGAAUUAUAAAGAUGCUGAUUUAAACGAAACAAUGGAUGAUGGUAUGACAGCACUUAUGCUAGCUUGUUGUUAUGGACAUUGCUCGUGUGUACAUUUACUUUUACACAGAAAAGUAAAUGUCAAAAUAAUAAAUCAUAUCGAUGGAAAAACUAGUCUGCACUAUGCAGCAUUAAAUGGGCAAAGUGAAUGUUUACUUUCUUUACUACAAGAAUUGCAAGUCAAUCAAGAGGAUUUAAAAAUCGUUAUCAAUCUUCGCGAUAAAACAGGAAAAACGGCUCUUCAUUAUUCUGUUGAGCAUUCGUCACCGAAUUGUAUACGUUUAUUAAUAAAUUUCGGUGGUGCAAAUCCAAACGUGACAGAUUUAUCAUUGCUGACACCGUUACAUUAUUGUGCGAUUCAUAAUUGUGAAGAAAGUUUACAAGAAUUACUUGAUGUACACGAAUUAAAAGUGAAUGUUAUUGAUCAGAAUAAACGAUUGCCAUUACACUAUGCAGCUGCAACUGGAAAUAUAACUAUCCUAUCAACAUUAGCUGAUUAUGAUUACGAGCAAGUUGCUGAUAUCGAUGGGUUUAGUCCAUUGCAUUAUGCCGUUUUAAGAGGACAUGAAACAGCAGUUCGUCUUCUACUUGCUUCUGAAGUCGGUCUUAAAUGUUUGACAACAAGUCGUAUAACACCUGUUCAUCUUGCUUGCAUCUGUGCUGAUUCAACAUGUCUUAAAGCAAUUAUGAAUGCUUUACAAACGGAUAGUAUUGCAAAGAUGAUUAAUUUGCCAACAAAACUUGAGCGAUUUACACCUUUACAUUUAGCAUCAAUGAUAAAAAAUGGAUCUGAAUGUAUAAAACUAAUACUUCAUUACGAUGAGGUCGAUGUUGAUGCCAAAGAUCAUUUACAACGAACUCCCAUUAUGUAUGCUCUUAUCAAUGAAAUCGAUUCUAGUACAAUAGAUAUGCUGGUUACAAAAUGUAAACAUUUUGAUGCAGUGGAUCAUUUAGGAAAUAAUAUUCUUCAUUAUGCUUGUAUAUUUAAUAAUGAGCCAGUUGUUGAGAGUCUUUUACGACGAAAUACAUCUUCGUCGUUCGUCGAAGCCAUGAAUAGUGAAAAUCAAACACCAUUAGAUAUAGCAAGGAAAAAUCUAAUGGCACCACCGAUUAUCGAUAUAUUAUUUUCUUUAUCUGGUCGAUUAUAA